ACUAUGCAAAUCAAGACUACGUGGCAAAAGAGUACCAAGAGAGGACUGGAGACUUUACUUUAGAUUCUGAAAUCUUUUUCUCUGUCCCUAAAAUAACUACUUUCUUGGAGGCACUAGCCUCUAGGAUAGUUAAAUUUUUCCUCUGUGAAGUUUUAAGUUCGUAGUUGUUUUUUGAGCGCAAAAAAACCAUGAUGAGCCAAGGACCUAAGGGAGCCGGUUUCAGGAAUCCACCGAUGGACGGACCGUUUAAAGGGGGGACUGGUCAUCAAAUGGCAGGACCUGCGUCGUUCCCUCAACAGCAGUUUCCUUCUGGUAACACGACAAUGACGAAUGGAGUGCAACAGUCGUUUACGAAUGGCCCAUCAGUCAGCCAAAGUGGUUACAACAACCGACCUCCUCAAUUCCCUACAAUUCAAGGCCAAUCACCAGCACAAAAGCCUCAAGGUCCUCCCUCACAGUCUACUCCCUCUCAACAAGCUCCUCCCACCAAACAACCAAUGCAGCCACAGCACCAAUACCAAGCCAGACCAGGGGGACCUCCUCAACAGAGGCAGUACCCACCAUCUUCUACCCCUCAGCAAGGGUUCCCCCAGCGACCAGGUAGCCCUCCCACCUCUCAGCCUGGAGGUUUCCCAGGCCAACAGAUGCAGCAGCACCCUGCACCCCUACCUACAUCACAGCCCAGCUUCCCUGGCCAGCAGAUGCAGCGACCUGGGGGUCCACCUACAUCACAACCGGGGGGGUUCCAACAUCAGCAGCGCCCAGGAGCUCCACCCACAUCACAGCCAGGAUUUCCAUCACCUCAGAUGCAGGAGCCUAUGCAACUACCGACAUCACAGCCUGGUGGGUUUCCUCCCCAGCAACGUCCUGGUGCACCUCCUACAUCACAACCUGGGGGUUUUCCUCCUCAGCGACCAGGAAUGCCACCUAUGUCUCAACCAUCUAGCAUGCAUAUGCAGCCAUCAGGUCAACCACAGUCAACAGCUCCUCAACAGCCGUCGCAGCCACUUAGACCCCACCCACACCAGCAGAUGAAUUCGCAAAUGCAGAAUCUUCAUAUUACCUCAUCACAAGCUCAACCCAACGCCCCCCAGAUGCAGGGCUGGUCUGGCUCAUCCUCAGCGCAAAUGCUGCCGCCCAUGCCAGGCCCACCCUCAAGUAUGUCUGGGCCGACCACCAGCCGGCAUGGCCCACCUCCUACCGGCCUCACGAUGAACCCCCCAACAUCCAUGGGUAUGGCACCCAUGAUGCCGCCACCAGGCCCCGGGAUGGGGACCCAUCCCCAACAGCCAUAUCCUGGCGGUCCUCCGUCCAUGAGUGGGAUGCCGCCUCCCCCUGGCCAUAGUCCCCAUAUGGGUGGGCGUGGUCCCUCCAUGAACUCACCCAUGCAACAACAGAAAAGGAUUGAUCCAGACCAAAUGCCAAGUCCGAUCCAAGUCAUGAAAGAUGACAGAGAAACUCACAAAGACCAGCCCUUCAUGACAAAUACAAGAGACCGCAUCCCUCCCCUGGUAACAAGCAGCUUUGUUGUCAAAGACAAUGGGAAUUGCAGUCCAAGAUUUAUCAGAUCGACAAUGUACAAUGUUCCUUGCAACAAGGAUCUGCUCCAGGCCAGUGACAUUCCAUUGGCAGCCAUAAUCACACCUUUUGCACAAAUUCCGGCUGAGGAGGGUUACCUUCCCAUAGUGAACCAUGGAGCCAGUGGCCCUGUUCGCUGUAACCGCUGCAAAGCUUACAUCAACCCCUUUGUACAGUUCAUUGAUGGUGGCAGAAGAUUUGUAUGUAACAUCUGCACAUACUCCUCAGAAGUUCCAGCAGAUUAUUUCUGCCAUCUUGAUCAUCAAGGCUUACGUGUGGACUUAUAUGAGAGGCCUGAACUUCACCUUGGCUCCUAUGAGAUGGUCGCCACAGCUGAUUACUGCAAGGAUCAAAAGUUUCCUGGUCCACCUGCAUACAUAUUCAUGAUAGACGUGUCAUACCAGAGCAUGCAGUGCGGGAUGGUUCGGUUGUUGAUGAGAGAGAUGAAUGAACUGCUGGAACAUUUACCAAAAGAGUUUAACAGUGAACAGUCACAAGUUAGAGUUGGAUUUGUAACAUACAGUAAUCAGCUACACUUCUACAAUAUUAAGGGUAACCUUGCCCAGCCACAGAUGAUGGUUGUAUCUGAUGUGGAUGAUAUGUUCGUACCACUUCUUGAUGGGUUCCUAGUGAGUGUAGAUGAGGCCAGAAGUGUUAUAGAAAGCUUACUGGAGCAGAUCCCACUGAUGUUUGCCGAGACCCGAGACACAGAAACAGUUCUAGGGCCUGUGGUACAGGCUGGGAUAGAAGCCCUCAAGUCUGCAGGGAUUUCAGGAAAACUGUUUAUUUUCCACUCCUCUCUACCUAUCACCGAGGCUCCAGGAAAGUUAAAGAACAGAGAAGACAGAAAGCUUUUAGCCACUGAUAAGGAAAAGACUAUUUUAAGCCCACAGACAACAUUCUAUGAGAACCUAGCGAAGCAGUGUGUAGAGGCGGGUGUCGCAGUAGACCUCUUUUUGUUUCCAAAUGCUUACGUUGAUGUUGCCACCAUUGGAGCCAUAGCCACACAAACGGGAGGUGACAUCUACAGAUACUCAUACUUUAAGGAGGUGACGCACGGAGAACAGUUCCGGGAAGAUCUAAAGCGCGCUAUUGAGUGUAACAUGGGCUUUGAUGCUGUAAUGAGAUUGCGGACCAGCACCGGACUUAGACCUGUAGACUUUGUUGGCAGUUUUUACAUGAGUAACACAACAGACGUUGAGCUUGCAGGAAUCAGCCCAAAUAAGGCAAUUGGCAUCGAAAUCAAACACGAUGACAAGCUUCCCGAGGACAGUACCGCAUACCUGCAGUGCGCUCUUCUCUACACGUCCAUCAGUGGUCAGCGGAGGCUGCGUAUUCAUAACCUGGCGCUAAACACAUGCUCUCAGCUCUCUGAACUCUUCAGAUGUUGUGAGAUGGACUCGUUUGUCAACUACGUUUCCAAGAAAGCUAUUCGUGCUGUGCUCACGACCGCACCCAAGGAUAUCCGUGAGCAGCUUGUAAACCAGUGUGCGCAGAUCCUGGCGUGCUACAGACGGAACUGCGCAUCGCCCUCAUCCGCCGGUCAACUGAUCUUGCCGGAAUGUAUGAAGCUCCUUCCCCUCUACAUCAACUGCGUGCUGAAAAGUGAUGCACUUGUCGGUGGUUCAGAGAUGAGCUCCGAUGAUCGAAGCUGGUUGAUGAGGAGAGUCAUUUCUAUGGACCAGAAUGCAUCAGUACCAUACUUCUACCCAAGGCUAUUCCCAGUGCAUGAUGUCGAUGUCGAAGCCACAGGGUUACCAGAACAGAUAAGAUGUUCUAUCGAGAGAAUGUCGGAUAAUGGCAUCUACGUUUUAGAGAAUGGUAUCUCAAUGUUGCUCUGGGUGGGACUCCAAGUGGACCCAGGCAUGCUACAGCAAAUCUUCGGUGUGUCCACGAUAGGACAAGUCGACAUAGAAAUGACGUCACUUCCUGUGUUGGAUAAUCCACUAUCAGCUCGUAUUCAAGACAUCAUCUCGUCUAUCCGCGCCGAGAGACCCAAUUACCUCAAGUUGACGGUAGUGAGGCAGCGCGACAAGCUUGAGCCUUGGUUUAAGCACUUCCUGGUCGAGGACAAGGGGAUGAGUGCCAGCUGUCCCAGCUACGUGGACUUCCUGUGCCUGAUGCACAAGGAGAUUAGGAACUUGCUGAACUAAUCGUCGCGCCCAAGAUACCAGAGAAUUAUGAAUUAUUAGAUCAUGUCGCGCCCUAGAUGCCAGACAAUUAUGAAUUAUAUAGAUCGUAGAUCUCCGCGAGGUAUAGGAACAUGCCGAGUGGAGAUAGAACGCCUAUCUGGGCUGUCAAACAAAUAAAUGAUCCGCCGUACAGCUCGAAGCAACCCAUCAUAUCGCAUGAAGACAGUAAUGUUUCCUUAGGACUUAUCAUAUACUCCUAUGCCAUAUUACCAGUCGAACACACGUUUUGGGUCAUUCAAUACGAGGCCGGAAAAACCCGCCCAAAGGACAUAAGCUCCAUAACGUUUCGCUGGCAUUUACUUUGAAAUGUCACAACAUUGUAACGCAUGGUGCUGGUAAGCACUGUGAUUGAGGUCGGUGUGAUGUGAUAGUCGGUGUGCUCCCCUGACGGCCACACGCUCCAUGUACAUUGAACUUCAUUUCUUCUCCAAGUGAUAAAUUUUACCGGAGAUUGUAAAACCCUGAUAUUAUUUUCUAUCCAAUAUAAAUUAAAAUAAAUUUUGAGUCGUG